AAAAUUUUCAAAACCUUAACUGAAGACCGCUGGUAAGAGAAGAACUGAACGCCGCUGAGCCUCUCGCCGUCGCCGGAACCUCUCGCCGCCGCCGCUAUCAGUCAACACUUGCCGUGGCCGUCUGCGCUGAAGUUUAGAGAUUUAAGGAGGCAUGUUUUAUCUGAGUGAAAUAGAACACAAACUGAGGUUGCCACCUCAUCUCCUAAACCUUCCACUUAAUGAAGCAAUCAAAGGAGAGCUUGAGGGUCUCUUCGUGGAUAAGGUUAUUGCAAAUUUGGGCCUCAUCAUAUCUAUUUACGAUAUUCGCUCCAUAGAUGAUGGUUUUAUCUAUCCAAGUGAAGGUGCCUCCACAUAUACGGUCAAGUUUAGACUGAUAGUGUUUCGCCCAUUUGUAGGAGAAGUAAUAACUGCUAAACUCAAAGAGUCCAAGGCAGAGGGUUUGCGCUUGUCACUUGGAUUUUUCGAUGACAUUUAUGUACCCGCACCUCUAUUGCCAGAUCCAUCACGUUCUGAGCCUGAUCCUGAAAACAAGAACCAAGUUAGGUGGAUAUGGAAGUUUGAUGAACUAGAUUAUCCUAUUGAUGGCGUAGAUGAGAUUAGGUUCCAAGUCCAUAAUGUUAGUUAUCCAUCAAUGCCUCUUGAGCAAGAUAAAGAUUCAAAGCCAUUUGCACCAAUGGUCAUAAAGGGAUCUCUUGAUGCUGAUGGUCUAGGACCAAUUUCAUGGUGGAUAUAGCAGAAUUGUUGUAUAAUCUUGACUAAGGAACUAUACAACUAUAUUUUUUUUGAUAGAGAGAAAAACAGUGAUUGUAAUUUUGACAUCAUGAGAGAGCAGCAAAAUGAGCUAGAAGAGCCAUUUUCAAGUAGUGUUCGAUUGAUCAGAUUGAUUGGUCUGAGUUUAUCGACACAAAAGAUUUGUCUAAGUCACUUCGAUAGAAAGGAAGGAAUAGUUUGUAUAUUUCGUUGGGGAUUUCUGAGAAAAAAUAUU